AUUUUGUACUAAUAGCUAUUUACUCUUUGCCCAUCUUCUCCUUUCUUUCUUCCUCUCCUUAUAUAUGUCAUAGAUACGCACAUUCCAAGUACCUGAUCCCACUAAAAUGCGCCCGGAACCGCUUCUAUUCCUCCUCAUCGGAAUAUUCUAUUUUGCCGGCACCCCGGCGCCGGUAAGCGGGUGGCGCCCAUGGCCCAACCAGAACCACAGCACCGCCGCCGCCGAUUACAUCUUCGGUGGGUCCAAAAAGUACGAAGGGUCGUCGGAUCUAAUCCACUUGAGGUACCAUAUGGGGCCCGUCCUCACAGCCAACAUCACCGUCUACCCUAUCUGGUACGGCCGGUGGGCGAACCGGCAAAAGCGGAUUAUCCGGGAGUUCAUCGCUUCGAUCUCCGCCGUUGAUUCCAAACACCCGUCCGUCGCCGGCUGGUGGAAGACGGUUCAGCUGUACACCGACCAGACCGGCGCGAACAUUUCCCGGAAUGUGCACAUCGGGGCGGAGAAAAACGACCGGUUUUACUCGCUCGGGAAGUCGUUGACCCGGUUGACCGUUCAGAAUGUGAUUAAGGCCGCCGUGACGGCGACGACCCGGCCCUUGCCGGUUAACCCGAAAAGUGGGGUCUACUUGUUGCUGACAUCCGAUGACGUGUACGUUCAGGAUUUCUGCAACAAUGUCUGUGGGUUCCACUACUUCACCUUUCCCUCCAUCGUCGGGUACACUCUUCCGUAUGCAUGGGUGGGUAACUCUGCAAAGCUGUGCCCGGGAACGUGCGCGUACCCAUUUGCGGUGCCCAACUACAUCCCGGGCAUGAAGGCAGUUAAGUCCCCGAACGGUGACGCUGGAGUUGACGGUAUGAUAAGCGUGAUCGGGCAUGAGAUCGCUGAGCUGUCGACGAACCCGUUGGUCAAUGCGUGGUAUGCGGGUCAGGACCCGAUAUUCCCGGUCGAAAUUGCGGAUCUUUGUGAAGGCAUCUACGGUACCGGCGGCGGUGGGUCAUACACGGGUCAAAUGCUGAACGCCGUAGAUGGCGCGACGUAUAACAUGAACGGGAUCCGGCGGAAGUUCCUUGUGCAGUGGCUCUGGAACCAUUAUAAACACUACUGUUCUGGCCCUAAUGCUCUUGAUCAGUAAACCAUUGCCGUUUACUGGUCUGUUCAUUUUUUUUCCACGGGCUAUUUUUGGCAUUCCUCUCCGGAUGUACUCUUCCCACUGUCGUGCACCUUUGUUAAUGAAAUCUAGUGAAAUUAACGUCAUUUAGUACAACCUCGUUUAAAAUUGAGUACCAUAUUUAAUGUUAGUGUUUUACGUUUGAAAUUUGUAUACAAUAGUCAAGCUUUGUUCCCGUCCAUGAAUUAUGAUCAUGAAGCUCUGAAGAAGUAGGUGGCCGCCUUCAUGAAUCUUUAUUGCUACUUUAAAUUCUUUCUAGGAAGCAAAGUUCAACAGAUCAUAAUUUGAAAUCGAU